GAGACACAGGUGAGGUGCGCACGGUAGGGUUCAUUUGUAUAAUGGUGGGGGGGGUGUAAACAUUGCGGCUGUCACCUGUGCGUCACCUGCCGUCACCUGGGGCUGCACGUCACAGGUGAAGCGGCCCUCAUACCAAGGCUGGUGAGGGGCUGCAACAAUGAUCUUGCAUCACAAGACAACUAGAGAAGAGAGCAACGCAAGAUAAGACAUUCAAGUUUGUGAAGUAACACUUAGUAGCAAUAGAAAUAAUCAACUCUGUCACCACCACCACCACCACCACCAGGACUCUGAGAAACUUCUGUACAAGAGACAAGCCACCAAACCUCAGACCAGCUCCUGCAUCCUCUCAGGACACUCACAAUGGGGGUGUUUGACAAGCUGGUGUUUGCUCUCGGCCUGAAGAAGAGGGAGGCGAGUGUGCUGGUCAUCGGCCUCGACAACUCAGGCAAGUCCACCAUGCUCAACCACUUCAAGUCUGAGGACCAGAAGAGCACCGAGAUUGUCCCCACCGUGGGCUUCAAUGUGGAGAAGUUCAAAGCCAGGAACGUGGGCUUCACCGCCUUUGACAUGUCUGGCCAGGGGCGGUACCGCAGCCUGUGGGAACACUACUACCAUGACUGCCAGGGUGUCAUCUUUGUGGUGGAUUCCAGUGACAAGCUGAGACUCGUGGUGGCCAAAGAUGAGCUGGACAUGUUCUUGCAGCAUCCAGAGAUUCGCACUCGCCGCCUGCCCAUCCUUUUCUUUGCCAACAAAAUGGACGUGCGCGAGGCAGUGAGCAGUGUGAAGGUGUCCGCAGCGCUUGGUCUGGAGCGCAUCACCAACAAGCCGUGGCACAUCACCGCCUCCAAUGCCAUCACUGGGGAUGGUCUGCAUGAGGGAGUCGAGUGGCUCACCAACCAAAUCAAGGAGAACCUCAACAAGUGAACGGAGAGAUGUGUUCCCUCACCUCCACACCUUCCUUAAAAGUCCCUCCUUUUUCUGCAGGUCACACUUACGUUGACAUCCAUGAAUUGUUUCUCAGCAAAGCAGGCCGCUGAUAUGAUAAGCUAGUGCUGCCAGUUGCAUUCUUUCCUCUAGUCAGUGCAGUAUUAGCGCCAGAGAAUCGGAGGAGGUUCAUUCUCAACAUUCCGUCCAAGAGUUGUGAUGUUAUUGAUGCCUUUGUGAUGAGAUGUACAAUACACCUAGGAGUAAAUCAUCUCAUGCCACAGUAAAUUCUCACUCUAAUAACAUUGUAAUUUGUGAAGGAAGCUAGUCAUUAGUAAGUUAAGAGAAGUUUCAACCUUAUGAUUAUUAUAGAGGUCAUUGUGUGGAGCAUUUUCUCUGAAGAAGUAGGAGAGCCAUCGAUUGAUUUAUAAAGUUAAAUAUUCUGUAACACUUUCCUAUUGUUUUUUGUGCAUUGUCAUUUUCCUUUUCUCAGCUGUCUGGUAAUUCUUCCUUCCAUUAGCUUACUUCUGUAUCUGUAACACAGGAAUGAAACUUGAUUAUUAUUAUUACUGUGCACUUUAUUUUACUUCAUUCACUGGUGUAUCUCAUAAUGAGGGAUUGAUGGCAUGUUCUGUUGGCUUCACAAUACCCUAGAUGUGCCCUGACUAGAGAAGUCUUCACAUACUGGCCUUGAUAGCUCUGCCUGGCCUGCUAAAGCACUUCUUGCUUUGACACACUGAAUGGAGCACGUUUCAAUUGCACUGCUCCUCUCAUGCUUCAUCUUCUGAUCUUUAUUGCUUUGUUUCACCACCAGCAAGUGCAGCAAGCUCUUAUGAAAGCAAUGCAUCAGUUAGUCUUAUAAAAGUAUUGUGUAGGUUUUACUUAAUACAACUUCUUUGUGAUUUUUUUUCUGAAUGUUAUGAUAUUUUGUAUUCUCUUUGCUCAUUCCAUAUUUUACCAAUGUGAUGAUGUAGUGGGUAUAUGUUAAGGUUACUAUGUAUUAGAGUGAGACUUUACUGUAGGUAUUAUUUAGCUUUCUCACAAGUAGUUAAGGUGAGCUCUACAUAGGUGGCCUUCAGUUUGCCUUAUUGCCAAGUAGGAACUGGCUUUGGCAUGCUCAGAAUAAAGCAAGUUGCAAUGCAUACAUGAUCUAGUCAGACAUUGCCAUGUUUCAAAAUAUGUCUUAAAGUGUAGGAAUUAACAUGUGCUUGAGGAUGUGUUUAUUAGAUUAAUAAAGAAAUAUUUGCAACCUCUGUACAAGAAAUUGCUUCAGGAUGAUACAAAGGCAGCUCUCACAUAUAGUAGAAUCUGUUGGUGGUGUAGUGAGCUGAGCUGUUCUUAUUGUGCAUCAGCAGUGAAAGCCACUGCAAGAAUAGGGUGAGGAGUGUGUGCAGUGUGUAGCCCAAGGGAGACACAGUGGUGGUUUCAGUAGUGCCCACCAGCACAUGAAGAUAUUGAGGCAAGGUGUGUUUGUAGUGUCUGUACAUGGAGACGCCUACUGUCACCUGUUUGACGUGUAGAAGGUUGCUCUUGUCCUCAGAUCAGCUUGUAAAGUGUUAAUUUUCAUGGUAGGUACAACAGAAUUUAAUGAAUUGCAAGAUUGGUAGGUACAGUGUCAGAUCCAUUACUUGACCUAUAUGCAGCAAAUUAGGUACAUGCUAUUAGUCUGCUUGUGGCUACAUAUUGCUCCGGAAUUUGAAUGUAUUAGGGCAAGCUGUUGUUUUAAUGUUUACAGCCAUGUUUAGAAAUGCUCUCUCACUGUUGAAGCAAUGCAUUAUUAGAAAACUGCAAUAAAAAAUAAUGCUGGUGAAAGAAUGCUGUAAUGGACAGCGAGUGAGCUUACUGCUGUUGUACUUACAAAAGACAAAGUGUAGGAAGGGAAGCUGAUCUCAUAGUUUAGAGCCACCUUACUGCUUACCCUGCUGUCAUUCCUUACAUAUCUAGUCUCUAAGCUAAGGCAGAUUAUGUAUCGCAAGAGCCAUUGCCAGAGUGGCUCAUGAGUGCCUGAGGUAAGCUAGUCAUGUCUUAAAACUUAUUGGGAAGAGAAAUAUAGGACAUAUUUUUUAACAUUGGUUUUUCUAAAAGUUUGGUUUAAGGAUAGUGUAUACAUUUUAUAGACAAAAAUUCAAUUCUGUCCAGAUGCACAAUAAAGCAUAAUUUAUGUA